CUUUAUAAAAGCCCAAGACCGAAGCACACUUAUCACUGAAGUCAAACAAGUUGUCAGUAGCAGUACCAACAUGUCGAAAAUUACUCUCCUUUUUGCUAUUCUUUGCCUUUGCGUGGCUGUUCAGGCUCAAAAUCGUGAACAAGAAAUUUGCCGUAAAGAAAACGAAACUUGCCGACGAAAUGAACGGAGAUUGGGAGUUCAAAAUGAUGUUUCGAACACAUUUAAUAAUCACUGCAGCCGCCAGCCAGGCAUUCGAAACUGGCGAAAUGUCUCUCGUUGCGAAUUGUCUCUGGCUACUUGUCGAUUGACACUCGAGCGUUGUGCUGUUAUAAACUGCAGAAAUGUGAGAAACAGCAUUGAUGGCGGGUCCGGUCGCCCUCCCACUUCAAGGACGACAACCCCGCGAAUUCCUGACACACGACGACCUCGAACUACUCGUAGGACACCAACUACUCGUCGUGGUCAAACUACUAGAUCUUCUCGUAGAACUACACGUGGUCGUGGUCCAACUACCAGAUCUUCUCGUAGAACUACGACUCGUCGACCUACUGAAGAAUAA